AUGGCCUGUGGUUUUCAGCCAUCUCCAAACGGGAUGCUCAGCAAGGCCUGCAGAUACCCGCUUGAUCUGCCCGAGCAUGAAAGAGUUGUGAUUAGAGUGAAGGUCAAUGUUGGAAGAGUGAAAAAAAUCGACUACCAAGGUCAUCCAAUGCAGAAAACAUGGCAUGCUCAUGGGUACGACACUGCCUGGUGUCCUCCGAACUGUGGCAUGGUGUCGAGCGGCCUUGAGGAAGACUGUGUUUGGGAUCCAUGCCGGGUUCAGAUCAUUGAUUUCAUUUACCCACAAUUUGUCCGGGUGUACAAAAUGUGGAAUGGAAAUAGUUUGACUUUCCUCCAAGGCGACUCAAAUCCAGUAUCGGGUCAAGUCUACACAAUGUACCACGGCACAUCCCUGGAGGCCGCAAAGAGAAUAAGAACAAGUGGUUUUCACCAGUCUGUUGACGGCAUGCUCGGACGUGGUGUUUACCUCAGUCGUGAUCUAGAGAAAGCCCGUAGGUAUCCUCUAAAUCUGCAAGCAUACCAGAGAGUGGUUCUGAAAGUGAAGGUCAAUGUGGGGAGAGUGAAGAAGAUUGAUUGUCAGGGUCACCCACUCCAGAACACUUGGCACGAUCACGGCUACGACACAGCAUGGUGUCCUCCAAACUGUGGCAUGGUGCCGAGCGGCCUUGAAGAGGACUGUGUUUGGGAUCCACAACGGAUUCAGAUCAUUGAAAUGAUCUACCCAUUUUUAGAGUUUUUUCUACCCUUGCUAUUCUUUUUGUUGUUGAUUCUAAUCGAAAUACUAACAUAAAACCUACAGGAAGAAACGACAAGACUACGUAGCCAAAGUAUUUCAUUUCAGCAAAGAAUAACAGUCUGUAAAUCACUGUUUUUGUGUAUUUAAAUUUAUGUUUACACAUCUUUUGUGUGAUCGGAAGCUUUGUAGGCUUAUUCACAAAUCUUCAUGGAUGUGAUUAUCUGUAGACAGACUGAGCAUUUACAGAGAUGCAUGGACUGAGAUUGACAUUUUUUCCAAUUUUGAUAGAAUCAAAUUGUUUUUUUGAAUUCUGUGGGUCAAAUUUCCGUUCUCAUCCCCGUCCAGCUAUUUUUAGCUGUACAAAACAGUUAGUUUUGCUGCUUUACAUUUAAAAUUGGUGUGCCUUAUUAUGUUAAUUUAAUAUAUUUGUAUGUAUCUUAAUUAUCAAGACUCUGGUUUGUAGUGCAAACAGUUUCAUUUUCGGUGAACUAUUCCUUGAACUAGACACAGAGGUAAAAUCUAAAACCAUGGCAACGAGGGAUGAAGGGAAUAUGAACACAGAAAACAGUGUUAAACAAUUCAGCCCAGCUCAAAAAAAAGAACUCGAAUACAGGCGACAGGCUUUUCUAUGAUAUGGCGAUUGGUUUUUGUGCUGACAGAGACCUCUGCUGGUGAGCGAUGGAAGUGUUAUAGAUGGAAAGUUGCUUCUAAUUUUUCAAAACUAGUCAAAACAAGAAGUGUAAAAUAUGUUCGUUUACAGUGUCUGCAUGUAAUCUUUAAUAAAUGAGUUCAUCAAUGCAAAAGA